AUGGACGACCCGCCACCCGAUACCCAGAACCGUGUGCUGGCUGCGUGGGAGGAACGGCCACCAGAGAGAGUUGCAGAAUAUUUCGUGAAGGUGAGGAGCACAGGUACCCCCCUCAGCAAGCGGGCAUAUCGUUCCAUCGUGGUGGCCUAUGAGCGUUCCGAUCCAACAUUCGUUCUGAAGAUUGACAAGGAGAUGAAGCGACCAGGCAUUCAUUUCAAACGGACCGCGCAGAAUGCAGGGUUGGGUAUUCAUUGUAAGGUUGGUAUGCACAACGAGGGCCACGACUUGCUCAUGAACAUUAUGGCAUCAUGA